UGCAAUAAUGAGAUUUAUAUGAAAUUAAAUAAAUUUUACAUUAGAUAUUAUCCACCAGGUAUUGUUUUUGAAUAUCAGAAACAAAGAAAAAUUAAGCAAAAGAUUUUGGAUUUGUUUGAUAUUGAACAAGAGACAAAUGUAGAAGCAUUAGCCGCUCGGAUAGCGAGCGACGAACCAUUGAUCACUCCUAAGAUAUUGCCUCAACUGAAAACGAUCUUGCAAAAACUUAAAGAUAAAACAUUUUUCAAAAACUGGAAUAAUGUCCUUGAUUUUUUUCAAAUUGACAAAACUCUGAGCAGUGGUCAUUUGUUACCAAUAACAAAUGUAUCCGUUGAUAAAUUCGGAGAUAUUUGCGCCACCGGAAGCUAUGACCGGACGUGCAAGAUUUGGAACACCCGAACGGGUAUGGAGACGUCGACGCUCGUCGGGCACGAGAACGCGGUGUACGUUGUGUCGUUAGACAUCGCGGGAAGGGUGCUGACCGGAUCGUUCGACAAAACGGCGCGGAUGUGGUCGCUGGACGACGGUGGCGAGUGCCUAUGCACCAUGCGAGGUCAUUCAGCCGAAGUAGUCGCGGUGGCCGUUGACCAGUCUACGCAGACUGUCGCCACUUCGUCAAUGGACCAAACAACCAAAUUGUUCAGCGCCGCCAAAACUGUUGUCACGUUGAGAGGACAUACUGGCGAAGUGGUGGUCAAUCAGUUUGGCAGAGGUGGGUCGACGGUGAUCACGGGUUCAUUCGAUAACACGAUCAAGAUUUGGGACAUCCGCACUGCCCGAUGUAUAGCAACCUUAAACGGCCACACAGCUGAAUUGACUGCUUGUCACUAUGACUUCAGCUGCAGAGCGAUCGCCAGCAGUUCAUUGGAUGGUACAGCCAAGUUAUGGGAUGUGAGGAGGACUGAUAGCUGUGUCACACAAUUACCUGGGCACACAGAUGAGGUACUGGACAUUUGUUUUGAUUCAGUUGGUCGUCGAGUGGCCACGGCGAGCAGUGAUUGUAGCGCCUGCAUAUGGGAUGUAAGCAGUGGCGACUUGAUUUCCGCAAUGAUUGAGCAUACAAAAGAAGUUACAAAAGUUUUUUGGGAACCAGCAGGACAUUAUCUGCUCACCGCAUCACAAGACCAUAGUUCAAUGUUCUGGGACACAGAAACUGGAGAAUGUUUACAAGAAUUAAAAGGGCAUACUGAUCAUGUAUUCUCGGUUGUAAUGAGUUACUUUGGUGAUACAAUUUUGACAGCGUCUAAGGAUAAUACUUGUUGUGUUUGGAAACAAUUUAAUUCAAAAAAUAAUUAA